CUAGGAUCAUUUUCGCAGUGACUCGGCUACUACCACAAGACGUCGCGCGCGAUGGCGCCAGAAUUCCGUGCGCCACGCCAGAAGGUGACGAAAUGAAAUGGGUUCGAGCACCGCAAUUACGUGUCUAUUUCCGACUUCUCCUUCACGUUCAUUGUGUGAAGCAUUGAGCUCCUUGGUUAUGAGUCGUUCAGCAUCUUCCUCCUCCCCGCGGAUCAAGUCCUCAGCUAAGAGUCCCGGGGACAGUUCUGGACGCGAACAGCAUGCCAAUAUAAAUGAUGCGGAAGCGCCAUUCCCUCAGCCGGUGCGCGGAGGUCUACAUCGUGGCCUGUCUGCACGACAAGUACAAAUGAUUGCAAUUGCUGGUACCAUUGGAACUGGACUCUUCCUAGGAACCGGAAGAUCCCUUGCUCAAGGUGGUCCUGCCAGCAUACUGAUUUGCUAUGGCAUAGUGGGAUUCAUUGUAUACGUGACGCUUGGUCGUUUAACUGCCUAUGCGACGCGCUUUUUUUCGCCUUCUUAUGGUUUCGCGCUGUCGUGGAACUAUUGGUUCAAUGAUGCAGUGUCUGUUGCCUCUGAUCUUACUGCUGCCCAGCUGGUGUUACAAUUCUGGACGACGUCAUAUCCUUGGGUGGUUAGCCUGCUCUUUUGGGUGUUCCUUGUAUCAAUCAACGCCUCUCACGUCAAAGCUUAUGGAGAAUUGGAGUAUUGGCUUUCAUUCCUGAAGGUCGCUACCAUCGUGAUCUUCAUUAUCGUUGGCAUCCUCGUCAAUGUCGGCGUCAACGAGUCGCAUACCUACAUCGGAACACAGAAUUGGUACAUUCCUGGCGCUCCGUUCGUUGGUGGCUUUGGUGGCUUUGCCAAGGUUUUCGUGACAGCUAGUUUCGCAUACGGUGGAACAGAAAGUCUAGGUAUCACCGCAGGAGAGACAAAAAACCCUUCACAAAACAUGCCAAAAAUUCUGUUAUUCUAUAUCUUGAGCAUCCUGCUCAUCGGCCUGAACGUACCAUGGGAUUACCCGAAUCUAUCAAAUAAAACGACCACUACAUCUCCUUUUACGAUUGUAUUUACUCUAGCUGGUUCAACUGUAGCCGCAUCAUUUAUGAAUACCGUCAUCCUUACCUCUGUAUUAUCUGCCGGUAACCACGCUCUUUUCGCGGGGACAAGAGUUCUGUAUGGCCUAUCUGUUGUUGGCCCCGUCCCUCACGCACCUCGUAUAUUUUCUCGGACCACCCGAGCAGGUGUUCCUUUGUACGCGCUGCUUGCGACCAGUAGCAUUAGCGUGCUCUGUUUAAGCAGCAGUUAUAUUGGCAGCGGCCAAAUCGCCUGGUUAUCAAUUGGAUUGGCCAGUUGGAGAUUCAGGAAAGCCUGGAUCAAAGCAGGGUCGAUCUUUAGACGAAAUGAAAUUAUCACAGUGAUCGCCCUGAUCUUGAUCCAAGGGUGGUCCUCUAUAAUCCCCACAUUCUCACCAGUAGAUUUUGUCUCCUAUUACAUCGAGAUACCCAUCAUGGUUGUCAUGGGCCUCUGCUGGGUCCUUGCUAAGAACACUUUCAUAGACUCUACACCAGUUCCAGGUAACACCCCUCUGGAUCCCCCUAAUGAGACGACCUCUUGAUACCCUAUGACACUGGAACCCGAGAAGCUCGUCACAAGUGGACGUCCGACAUUGUGGACAUCCGAACGAUUGAUCUGUAUAGUGACGAAUAUGCCGACGAACUCUUGGAUGAAGCGAAUGAUGAAACAAGGAGAAAGAGGUUCCCGUUUUUUUGGAGGUUGUAUGACAUGCUGGCUUAGAUCCCACGUUUGUAUUAUCGAUAUCACUUUGCUUUGCAUAAACCAUAAUGUACAUCCGGUAUUAUAUAGUUGGCCUGACAUUAUUUGAUAACGAACAGAAGUACUCAA